AUGUCCAACUCUUACAAUAUGGGCCAACAGUGGAACCAGUCCCAGCUCAACUUUUCGUCCCUUCAGCUCGAGCAGGACUACGAGUUUGCUGCUAACGAAUCUCGCCAGCAGCAGCAGCAGCAGCAGAUGCUUCAUCAGCAACAGCAGCAGGCGUAUGCCUCCAGCAAUGCAUAUCACAAUCAGUAUUCCCAGCAGCAGCAACAGCAACAGCAACAACAGGUCCAAAAUCCAAAUGCCCACUCAUCGUCUCUCAUGGGUGCCUUCUCCAACCCACUCAGCCAGCAGCAUUCGCACAGCCGUUCAUCGUCCUUUGGCGCUGCCCAAUCGGGCCAAAAUUCAAUGAGCGGUGCGUACGCUGGUCUCUACGGUGCCCAAGCUACUGGCCCGCCUUCUAAUGGCGCCAACGGACCUUAUCGCCAGCCUACCUCUUCGGCCUUUACCUUCUCACCCCCAAGCGGCAUCCCGAUGUCGCUGCAGAAUAAUUUAUCGGAUGUCAGCCAAGGAGGCAGCCCGAGUUAUCUAACUUCGUCCCCCGGUCCGCUGCACGAGUCCUUUUCCCCGCCUUCAUCCUCCUCUCAACUCCAGCAAACCUAUUUCAACGCAAACGAUACCUCUGGGGCUCCUCAACCUAAAAGGCAUCACGGAUCAGCUUUCAAAGACGAGUCAGCGAUCGAAGACCCAGACUCGGAGGUUGGCCAAUCAGAUACUAAGGAUAAGCAGUCCAAAUUGAAACGGGAGCAUCUCCUCAACCAGAUCCAGGCCCAGGCAAAGGAGAUCGAAAGGUUAAUGCACCAGCUCGAAAAGGUCACCAUUUCAUCCAAUCAGCCUCGUAAUGCCGGUAUGGAUACUUCUACGGGCGUAAACCUCUCCUCCCCCGUGUUAACUCCCUCGUCCAACUCCGGCUCCUUCUUUGGUUCGGAUGUGCCCGGGGACGAAGCAGGCGGUGACGAGCACGGUGGUGCGAAUGGGAACGGCAGCAACAAUGUCGUAAUGAACAAGGCCGUCGAGGAGUGGAUCGCCAAAGCGCGCGAAAGUUUGCAUGAAUUUGGCGCGUUCAUCGGCAUUGGCGGCGCGGGUAUGCCGAAGCGCUAUCUUGUCGAGGAGGACUAUGAGGGUGGUGACGACUCAGAUGACGAUGAGGAGUAUGUUGAUGCCUCGGACGAGGCACUGGCCGAAGCCUUCGGGAACGGCGAUGAAAGAUACGAAGUUACGGUGGACAACGCGCCCGGAGACGCCUCUGGCUCGUCUAAUCCCGAACAGGGAGGCAGAAUAUUGAAUCACAAGAGCUCUAGCUCUAGCAUCGGCACAGUUGCGACGGCAAAUACACAACAGCGCAAGAAGAAUUCUGGUGAGAAUGCAAAACCGGUCAAUUUGCCUGUUGGCGCUGCGCCGUUUGGCCUUUUUGGAGAACUCAGUUUGAAGAACCCUGUAAGCCGCGCGGGUAGCGCGGAACCUGAAGACGAGGAUCGAGGAUCGGGCAUUGCGAACGCCAAUUUCUUCAAGUCGACUCUUGCACCUCAGGCUUUGGGGCGUAGGCUGGAAGUUGCCCAGCACCAAGCACCAUCCAUUCUUACUCGGGGAAUCAUCACACCUUUGGAGGCCGAGAAAUUGUUCAAAAUCUAUUUUGACAACAUGAAUCUUUCCGUGUCACUGCUCGACCCAGUCCUGUACACUGCGCAGCGUACAUUCUAUCGAAGCCCCUUUUUGUUUACAGUUAUUUGUGCUGUGGCCUCCAGGUUCUAUUUUGAGCGUCCCGAUCUCUACGCGAAGUGCAUGCACUAUGCACAGUGGGCUGCCGGUACAGCUCUCAUUGGCGGAAACAAAAAUGUGGAGAUGUGUUCUGCAUACAUCCUGCUGAGUUUGUACCCCGUACCUGCGAAGAAAUGGGAGGACCAACGCAGUUGGCUGUACCUUGGGCUGGCUAUUCGUGUGGCUACCGACAUUAAUUUGCACGUUCCCACAUCUGCGAAACCUCUCAAUGAGAAUCACGCGCGGGAGAUGCUGAACCGCACCCGUGUUUGGCUGAACUGCUUCAACCUUGACCGGUCCACGGGUUCGCAGUAUGGUAAACCACCCAUCAUCAGCUCAUCGGAUUAUAUCGCGAACAAUUCACCGAAAUGGUGGAACUCGUCGCCGCACAAUAUGCCAAACUUUGAUAUCCACAUUUCGGCGUAUAAUGCAGAGUUGCGGGUCAUGUCGAGCUUUAUUGCGAAAGUUUACAGUGAUCCGUUACACCCUACUAACUUGAACAAGAACAUCGACUUCGAAAAAAUUGCCAUUGAGACAGAUGACGAGCUACAGGUUCUACGUGAUCAAUGGUUCUCAGUGCUCGAGACGACCGACAUGAACGACCCACACAAUCGCUUCAGGACUGGGCUGCUGCGAUUGGCGUACAGCUAUGCCAGGUUGAUCGCCUUGUCAUAUGGCUUCCAGCAUGCGUUUGGAAAGACAGAUAGGGUCAACGAGAACCCAUUCCUUGAGCGGUGCUUGCGAGCUGCUUUCGACGUUGUUGACGCUCUCGUCAGCGAUAUUUGCCGGCCGGGACAGCUCCAUUUCGUGAAACAUGGACCGGAAGCUCAGAGCGUCUUUGUCACUUUUGCGUCUGCUUUCCUUGUCAAGCUUCUCCAACCAAGAUUUACCACCUAUCUUACACCGGAGACUCGAGCAAAGAUUCGUAGUCAGGUACAAAAAGUCGCCGACCUCCUUGGCUCGCCCGAAGUUGCUAUCGAUGAGCGACACGGUCCCAAGUUGUACUCUCGUUUCCUCGAGAAGCUCCUAGCCAAACCCAUGGCCAGCCUCGAUCCCAUGUCCCCCGGAUCCACCGCCAGCUCGACCGUUCCUCUUCCCCGCCAGAAAUCGCGCACAUAUAGGUCACCACCCCCGGCCACAACAUCCACUAACAUGGCCACCCACUCGGGCUACGCAUCCAACUAUGACGCCCCUUCAAACGUGUUCACUCACCCUUCGCCGUCGACGAGCAACUCGCUCUCGCCGCCACCCACCGAGUCCGCGCUGUCAUUCGACAACUUUGCGCCGGCGGGACCGAUUGACCCGUAUGUGCCCCAGACGGGGCCGAUGAACGCGCUGAACGUCAAUCCGACGGAUAGCGUGGUGACUGGAGGGAAUGUGAUGAUGAACGAGUUCUUCCAGCCGCCGUUGCCGUUUGAUGAUCAUAUCAUGCAGAGUAUGCAGUCCCUGACUGAUCCUAGUGGAUGGCAGGAUAUUUCCUUGCCUGUUGGAUUCAACUGGAUGGCACAGUUCCAGGAAAACCUUGGUCUUGAUCUUCAAGGAAUGGCUUAUGAUCAAAGCAUGGAUUAUAUGACCGGGCCUAGCAACUAA